AUGAUCGGUCUUCUUGGAGACCAGAUCGCUGUCAACGACGGACCUCUCAAUUCAGAGAAUGCGGCUCUUUUACGCCCAUCCGAUUUAGCGCUCCCUCUCGAAGAGCUCAGAAGACGAUACCACGAGGAUGGCUAUCUCUUCCUCAAGCAGAUUAUCCCUCGCGAGGACGUUCUCGCCGCCCGCGAUUCAUACUUCUCUUCCCUGGAGCCCAGUGGCAUCCUCAAGCCCGGCAGCAAGCCCGUAGACGGAAUCUUGGACCCAGCCAAGUCCCACGAGGACUAUCCCGGCAUAGGAGCAGGCCAUGCCAACGGCAAUGGACGACCGGGCGGCGAACGGGCCGCGGCCUUUGUGGAUCUCGCUCUCGAUGCACACUAUCAGAACUGGUAUGCAGAGAAAUUCUGCAAGCAUCCCGUCUUGCAUGAUUUCAUUGCAAAGUGGACCGGCUGGGGCGCAGACACCCUGAACUUGCGUCGAACUCUGCUGCGCAAUAAUCUUCCCGGCUCAAAACCCAUCGGCGUUCACUAUGAUCAGAUUUUCCUACGCUAUGGCGAUCCGACCAGCGUGACGGCCUGGGUGCCCAUGGGUGACAUUAAAAUUAGCGGCGGUGGGCUGAUUUAUCUUGAAAAUAGCGACGAUAUCGGCAUUAAUAUAGAAAAAGAGUUCUUUGCCAAAGCGAAGCAGUCUGGAAUGACCGAUGAAGAAGCACGGUCCGCGUUCAACUCAAACAUGAUGGCGACUGGCCUGCUGUCCGAGACUCCAGCUGCCUUUGCUCAGGAACAUUCCCGGCGCUGGUUGGUGUCGGCUUAUGAAGCGGGCGAUGUAGUUCUGCACAAGCCUCACAUGAUUCAUGCGUCUACGCUCAACCUCGACCCGGACAACGUGAUCCGGCUCGCAACAGACCUGCGCUUCUGCGAUUCUUCAAAGCCGUUCGAUAAGAGAUGGAUGAAUCACUACCGAUUCAACGAUGGCGUAUAG